CACUGUUGCGGCGGCGGCCUCAGCGACGACGACAACAACGACAAGUCGACAACGUCAAUACUACAGAUUACAGCGAUUACAUACGUUUUUUUUCCCUUCUAUCAUUGUUAUCGUCGAUCGCCGUCACUGUUGUCAUCGAAGAUCGAACGGAGACCAACUUACACUCGGCGAGACGACCGUAGUACAACUGCGUCCGACAUUUUACGGCGAUCUCGUUUCUCUCGCUGGUCACUGACGUUUUGCGAGCGGCUAGUGUGCUGGACGACGUUCGCGUUUACACGGUGCCCAGCCAGUGGGUCGGUUGUAUAGACGGGCGCCAUUGUCGAGUCUCGCGCCGCCGACUACUAAGACUAUCCAGGCCGAUCUGCGGGAGGCGCCCCCCCCCCUCGACGGCGAGAGAGUGAGUGAGAGAUUCGUACACGGUGCUGGCAAAGGGUAGGUUGGUCAGGUUCGGCGAGAGGGAACGGUCGGCCUCGCACGGCUACCGACCGUCAUGGCUCUCCGGCGUUCGGCUGGCGGCACGUCGUCACCAUCGUCGUCCGUCACCGACAACGAAAACGCCAUCAGGUUACUGGAAUCGCUGCAGAACGACUUCAAGUGCUUGUCCAUGGAGACAAAGAAGAAAUAUCCUCAGAUCAAAGAGGCGUCUGAAGAGGCCAUUGUCAAGCUGAGAAACUCGGCGGCUGUUGCGGCCGAUCACUUACAACAACAGCAACAGUCACACCAUAACCAUCAUCAGAUCUAUUAUGUUGUUAACCAAAUACUAUAUCCUGUUGUCCAGGGGUGCGAGACCAAAGAACCAAAAAUUGUCAAGAUGUGUCUGGGAACCAUACAAAAACUAAUUACACACCGAGCAGUCGACCAAAAAGGUGCCCGUUAUAUAACUGAUACCUUGUGGAUGCUGAUGGAGUCUGGGACUGAGCAUGUAAAAGUAUUGCAGAGUGUCACCCUACUAUUGACCACCGACUGUGUGGUGCGCGGCGAAACUCUAGCUAGGAAUUUGGUGUUAUGUUUCCGACUGCAUUUUACCAAAGACUCACAAGCUGUCAUCAACACGGCUGGCGCUACUGUGCGUCAGCUUGUGGCUCUAGUAUUUGAACGUGUUAUGCACGAAGAUGAGCAGCGCGAACAGCUACUUAAGGUCUCCAUGAAUGAUGAUAACGGAUGUGACACACAGCAGCAAAAAAAUGGCGUAGACUCCUCUGCUCCUUCUCAAGAUCACAAACAACAGCAAAGUAGUAGAACUCAACCAUUGCCACUGCUUCACCACCAUAAUCAAUAUAAUGGUAGCAAUGCAAGUGGCUAUGAACCCCCUGUGUCAACAUUGGGCCCGUGUGCAGCAGAUGCAUAUCAUAUGUUCCAAGACCUUGUGCGAUUGGUGAACACAGACCGUCCAUAUUGGCUGGUGGGCAUGACAGAAAUGACCAGAACGUUUGGCCUGGAACUAUUAGAAUCUGUGCUUUCUGAUUUUCAGCCUGUGUUCUAUAAACACAUGGAGUUUAGAUACCUAUUGAAAGAGCGUGUCUGUGCAUUAGUCAUCAAGUUAUUUUCGCCUAAUGUCAAGCAUCAUAGUGGCAGUAGUUCUGUCAGGAGAAACACAAUCUCCAACACUGGAACUGGUGCUUCAUCUGUUUCUGGCAAUAAUAGCUCUUCAGUAAUGAUGAUGGGUGUUACUGGUGGUGCUGGUAGUCCUACCUCUAAUCACCGUGGCGACGAUAGACCGCAUUAUGCUAUCACAGUACGACUGUUGCGUCUCGUCUCUAUACUCGUUCGCAAAUACCAUAAACUACUGAUCACAGAAUGUGAGAUAUUCUUAUCAUUGAUUGUCAAAUUUUUGGAUGCGGACAAACCUGCAUGGCAACGAUCUGUUGCUUUGGAGGUGUUACAUCGCCUGGUUGUUGAACCUGGCCUUUUAGCCGCAUUUUGUGCGUGCUAUGAUCUAAAGUUACAUAGCACUAAGAUAUUUAGAGACAUAAUUGAUUCAUUAGCCGGAUAUGUGCAAUCAUUAUUUAAUCCUGCUAUGGUGGUAUCAGGUGGUGGCUCUAUGAACAAUGCUGCAAUGAUGGCAGCAACCGCAAAUGCAGCACUCCAAGGACAGUCGCCAGCUGUGUUGGCAGGCAUGCCAGUCGGGCCUGGUGUGUCACCACAACCGGGGUUUUUUGGCCGUGGUGGUGUAUGGUUACCAGUAGUGAUCCAGCUACCAACUGGUCAAGCUAAAUCUAUCUACCUGGAAAUGAAUGACAAACAUGAUGAACCACCACAAGUGGCUGACGGGUAUGGUGUGUCUGUGGCGUAUGCAUGUCUAGUAGACGCUGUUCGUGCUAUUCAAAUUGAAGUGCAUCCUGACAUACAUCAAUCUGUUGUGUCUCCGCCUUCAACCACAGCCGUGUCAUCCAGUGUUGGUGAUGAUGGCUGUAGUCCUCGAAAUACUGAUGGUGUUUCCCAAAAGAACACCCAAGAAGAAGAUGAUAAUGGCAAUGACGAACAGAGGCAAACUACAGGAGUUAAGAGAUCUCCUUUACAUGAACAGAUAAUUAACAGUAGCUGGUAUGGACUACUAACAACGUUUUGCCCGCUAAUCGAGUCAUGUACUGACGAAGGAAUCACAGAAAACAUGCUGAAAGCGAUGCAAGCAUAUAUUGGCCUAUGUGGUCUGUUGGAUAUGCGGGGGCCACGUGACGCCUUCAUUACAGCUGUGUGCCGUGCAUGUUUACCACCGCAUUACAACCUGACAGUAUUUAGCGGGUCUGUCAAUACUUGUUGUGUUGGUCAACCAUCAAUGUCUUCGUCGUCACCAACCGUGCAAUAUGCCACUUCCGCAACAAUGUAUGAUGACCACCAUCACCAACAAUAUAGUAGUGCUACUGGUGGAGGAUAUGGCCCAGAAUCAGCUGAUUACAAGCAACAACAGCAGGUCAUAGUAGCCGUAGGUACUCCGUUGGCCACACCUUCGUCAGUUUUGCAGACAUCGUCGCCGUCCGGUACCUCACUUCAGAACCAUGGGCCUGUUAUGCUAACCGCUAAGAAUCUACAGUGCAUGCGGGCUCUCUUAGUACUAGCCCAUUGCCAUGGUUCCAUCCUGGGUUCAUCGUGGCAUCUGGUGUUAACCACUCUGCAGCAUCUUGUCUGGAUAUUGGGUUUGAAACCAUCAACCGGUGGUAGUCUCAAAGCAGGAAAUAGCGCUGCUACAUCAGUGCCUAAUAGACACUCAGGUGUCACCACUUCUGCCACUGCUGCGGAUGUAACGGGUGUUGGCUCAUUGUCAUCGUCCACUUCCUCAGUUUCAACAACUUUGUCAUCAUCAAAUGUUGCUGUCAUAACUACGGCUGUCAUGGCUGCUGACCUCCCUGUACUUUCAACGAUGCUCAGUCGGCUUUUUGAGUCCAGUCGGUAUCUGGAUGAUGUUGCUCUUCAUCAUUUAAUUGAUGCACUGUGCAAGCUGUCACAUGAAGCCAUGGAAUUGGCCUAUUGCAAUCGGGAACCAUCAUUGUUUGCUGUUGCUAAACUUUUGGAAACUGGAUUAGUUAAUCUUUCACGUAUAGACAUACUAUGGAGGCCUGUGACCAAUCACUUGUUGGAUGUGUGCCAGCAUCCACAUAUUAGAAUGCGUGAAUGGGGUGUCGAAGCUAUAACAUACCUGGUGAAAGCAGCUUUACAGUACAAAUACCAGCCUCCACUAAAAGAUAAUCAAAAACUACAGACAUUGUUGCUGAGCCCAUUAUCACAAUUGUCAUUAAAUAUGAAUGGUGAUGUCAGACAACGACAAUUAGAAUGUGUACUGCAAGUACUGCAUGGAUCAGGGCAGACAUUGUCACAUGGUUGGCCAUUAGUAUUGAACAUAGUUGGUGCUGUAUCAGACCGUCAUGGAGAGAACCUGAUAAGGAUAGCAUUCCAGUGCUUGGAACUGGUACUCACAGAUUUUUUGCCACUGAUGCCAUGUAAAUGCUUGCCUUUGUGUCUAGAAACCACAGCAAAAUUCGGAAUGCAAACACGUGAUUUGAACAUAUCGUUGACAGCAUUAGGAUUAAUGUGGAAUGUUGCUGAUUAUUUCAAAGAUAAUAAAGACAAACUACUCUGUAACAACAGUGGAGGUGAUAGCAUUAAGCAACGAGGAGCCAGUGGUGAAGCAGUGACUGAUAGUGGUAAUACAAUAGAUUCAACAAUGUCUGGAAUCACUGACCCUCAAGAACUGGUGUAUCCCGAUUUUCCAGGUGUAACUACGCUAGCCGAAAUGUCAGAGUUUGACAAGUUGUGGAUGUGCUUGUUCACCAAGCUUGGUGAACUGUGUAUUGAUCCCAGACCCGCUGUUAGGAAGUCAGCUGGACAAACGUUGUUAUCAACGAUUUCAGCCCAUGCAAAUUUGUUGACGCCGUCGUCUUGGAAUGCUGUCCUGUGGCAGGUACUGUUUCCGUUAAUGAACAAAGUACAGAUGCUCUGCGAGUCGGCCAGUGAUUCUACGUGCAACACGGUUGCAUCUUCCGAUGGAACAGGUGGCACAGGUGGAGGUGGAAGUGGUGGAAGUGGAUCGGCCGGUGGUGGUACGAUCCUGAUACAUCAUUCGCGGAACACUGACCAGAAACAAUGGGCAGAAACACAGGUGUCUACACUGUAUGGUCUAGCCAGGGUAUUUAACGCAGAGAAAUACUCAAUGACAGUGGGUGGAGAUUUUGUCAAGGCGUGGACGUUGCUGUUGGAGUACAUGGAAAAAGCGGCUUUAAAUAGAAAUGUGGAGGUAUCAUUGGCCGGAUUACGUUCGUUGCACGAACUCUUAAUGGUCUAUAGCAACUCCAAUAACGUCGGCGAUGGUACAAAUAUGACGCCAAACGACAAAAAUGCAGCGGCCAUGGACCGGCUGCAGCGAGAAGAGGAUUGGCAAAGUAAAAACGGCGUUAGCGGAUCAACCGCUUCUGCAGCAGCACCGCCGCCUCCAUUGGUGGAAAAUGAGAUUUGGACGUGUACAUGGACUGUGUGGAUGCGAAUUGCAACAGCCGCCACUGAAACUACGGUGGUCGAAAGCCCCAUUAACCCACCGCCGACCACGACUACCAGCAGCGGCUCGUCAACGGUUGGGGCAGAGGACCGUCGUCGUCGCGAAUAUCCACUACAACAACAUCAUCAGUCUCUGCAACACAAACAGAAAUUUUUAACGGCCCUGUUGCAAAUAUUUCCGUUAAUAUUCACCCGCAUCAAAGCCAGGUUCACUGACAAAGAUCUUAACGAUCUUUUCCGAGUAUUGGAUGCAGCAGCCGCUGUUGACGGGUCAGCGGCUGUGGUCCUGUCUGAUCACCACCAUCAAUAUUAUCACCAUCAACCGCAACUGCAACAACAGAACUACUAUGGUGGUAGCUACAGUCAACAACAAUUGACCCGAUUGCAGGACGAGAUUUUACAGUGUCUGGAAACGUUGGAACGAGAGACAUUGAUUUUCGAUGACGAAGAAUUUGGCGGUGCCUCGACAUCUAAUGCUGCUGAUAACGCGACGCCAAGUAGUGACAGUGGUUACAUAGACAAGAAAAACUCGAUGAUGUCGAUGGAGCAGCAGCAACAUCGGCAUGAGUUGGUCCAGAGAUUUCUGUGUCCUCUGUUUGAUCAGCUGUUGAAGUUUUGUCGCUUCGUGUGUCCUCCACUACCACCUGCUGCGGCCAACAGCGGUGGCGAUCGACAGCAAAUGACAAACGGUGCAGCGGCGGUCGACCACUUCCACCACCACAAUAAGUUCGCAGCGGCGGUGGCUGUUGAUUCGAAUUACGUAGCGUUUGGUGAGAAAGCAGUGCUCAUGAUUGUCGAUUUGUAUGGGAUGACAGCGGCCGAAACGUGCGUUGUCAAAGGCGAGAUUCUAAGACGAAUCAUUGAGGUGUUUUCUGUGCCUCUGGCAGGCCGAUACUCCUCUUACCCGACGCCAGCUCCAGCAUUCCAUUACCAUAUGGACGUUACUCCCUUGUCGUCAGGAAGUACGCAGCAACAGCAACAGCAACACGUCCAACAGCAGCAACAGCAGCACCUCACGUUAGUACGACGGCGUCAGCAACAGCAACAAAACACAUGGAAACUACUGGUGGUCGGCCUAAUGAACGUGCUGUCCGUGGGCGUACCGCUGGCUCGGGACUCCGCUGGGGACGAUUAUAUUUCUAUCUGGUCACCACUUGGUUCCGUUCUAGAAGAUAUAUUGUUUCCAAAAAACUUGCCCCCAGCGUCCGCUAUGUUGAAAAGCAACAAAUUGGUGGACGACAACGACGAGAACGAUUCCGUGAUAAUCGACUGUCAGCUGGUGGAGUUCCUGAAGGAUGAAAUACUGUCGCAGUCAACCAACGUACCUCGGGAGUUCAUCAUGCGAGUGGUGGUGUUGCUGAACCGAGGCUCGGUGUUGUCCACCACUACCGCGUCGACAUUGCCCAACUAUCCUUACGGCGGUGGAUAUGAUACGAUGAUGAUGGUGGAUUGCCGUGACGGAGGCGUCUCUGGCGGUGUCGUCACGGGAUCCGGCGUCGGCGGUUUCUCGCCGCCAUCACUCUUGCGAGAACAGUUCGCCAAAGUGUGUUUUGAAACGCUGUUGCAGUUUUCAUUGGUAGAUGGCAUAUCUUCGUCAUCACCUCCGCCGACGGAUAACACGGCGAACAGCGGCAGUAACGAUUCCAACGCGGACGCCGAACUAAUUACCGGCAAACUUGCUGUUACGGCGCUGUUGCACAGAUUCCAGGAGGUUGUCGAGAAGUUCUGUCACGAUCAAAGUUUGACCGGAAAGUGCCCAUUGCCCAGGUAUCGCAUGUCGGAAAUAUCGUUUGUCCUGAAAGCAAUCGCUACACUCAUCGUGUCGUUGAAAAAAACUCCCGACAAAGUCAGUAAAGCCGUGUGGGACCAGUUGAUCAGACUCUACCCGUGCCUCGUGCGGUGCGUACCGUACACUCAACAAUGUUGUUCGUCACCUCAGGUCACGGACUCGCUAACCGAAGCUCUGCUCCAGUACGGCGACCUGUUGCUCAAGGCGCCGCCCUCAACCGCUGCCGACGCUCAACAACCAUAACUCCAAAACCGACAUUAUCGCCGCCGCUCGGAGACAUUCCUCUCGCUGCUUCUCGCACGCCUUCAUUGUUUGAACGUAUUUUUUUUUCAUUAUUGUUUGUUUUCUUGUCUUUGUCGAAGCCUAUGCCGCCACCGCUGCAUUCACAAUUAAUAACGUGUUCUUAAUUGCGAAUGAUUUUUAUAUACCUAUUACCUAUAACUAUUAUUAUAUUAUUAUUAUUACUAUAUUAUUAUUAGUUAUUAUUAUCAUAAUUUCCAUCAUCAUCGUCAUCUUUGGUGUUGAUUUUAUUAACCCAAUGCAAUUGUGCCUAUCUAAUAGUGUAGUGAAUAGCAGUUUUUAAUUAUUGUUAUCAUUAUUAUUUAUUGUAUUGUUAUCGUAUUACAUUACAAACUUUUAUAUAAUAAACAGGUAUAAAUUAGCCGUGGGCGCGUAAAAGAUACCUAUUGAACGACGAGCUUAUAUUAAAAUGUAGUAUGGUGGUAUGAUGAUUGAGAUUGUCUCGCCGGCCAACGCAUAUUAUACUGAAUGUACCACGGUACAAAUGAUUAAGUAUAGUCUAAAACGCCACGGCGGUGGUGGCCAUAUUAUUAUUAUUAUUAUUAUUAUUUUAUAUUAUAGUGAUGACGACGAUUAUUGUUUCCGUCCUCGUCAACAAUUUUUGGACAUUUGUAUUUGUAUUUAUAAUAUUUAUACCGUGGGAGGAUUCCAGAUGAGAGUCUAUUUUUUAUUUUUAUUAUAAUAUUUGAAUGCACGUUAAUACAAUCAUGUAUUUGUGUAAUUUUUUUCUAUAAUAUUAUAAUAUAUUAUGUUAUGUGUAGUAUUUACUACUAACUAUUUAGGUACUGCUCUCACGCUAAACGCGAUAAUAACUAUACUUUGUACAACAUUAUAUAAUAUUUGAUAUGAUUGUUGUAGAAAAUAUUGACGUUUUACUACUAUUAUUUUAUAUUGUAUUACGUGAUGUGUGAGUGUGUAAAUAUAAAAAACUGAUUAUUUA